AGGAAGAGCGGCGCUGGGGAAGCCGGAGGAGCGGCGGCGGCAGGAGGGAGGCGCAGCCCGGCGUAACCUGCUCGUCGGCGCCGUCCCCGCGGAGGUAGGGGACCUGCUGCGGGGUGAUGGAGGAGCACGGGUACCCUUCCUAUAGCGCCCGCAGCCCCGCCUGGGAGGAACUGGAGUCCGGGAAGAUGGCCGGGGCCGAGGCGGGGAUGAGCGGCGCCGGGAUCCCGCAGCAGCCUCAGCACCAACCCCCGGCGGCGGCGGCGGCAGGGGGACCGGCGGACGAGUCGUCGGACAGCGAAGGGGAACACGAGGGCCCCCAGAAACUCAUCCGGAAAGUGUCCACCUCCGGCCAGAUCCGCAGCAAGACAAGUAUAAAAGAAGGAUUACUACUGAAGCAAACCAGUUCUUUUCAGAGGUGGAAAAAGCGUUAUUUCAAACUUCGGGGGCGUACCCUUUACUAUGCUAAGGAUUCAAAGUCUCUAAUAUUUGAUGAAGUUGACCUGUCAGAUGCCAGUGUAGCUGAAUCGAGCACAAAAAAUGUCAACAACAGCUUCACGAUAAUCACUCCAUUUAGGAGGCUAAUAUUGUGUGCUGAGAACAGAAAAGAAAUGGAGGACUGGAUAAGCUCUCUGAAGUCCGUUCAGUCCAGAGAACACUAUGAGACCGCACAGUUUAAUGUGGAACAUUUCUCAGGGAUGCAUAACUGGUACGCCUGCUCCCAUGCCCGACCUACCUUCUGUAACGUGUGUAGAGAGAGCCUCUCUGGAGUCACUUCUCACGGCCUGUCUUGCGAAGUGUGUAAGUUUAAAGCACAUAAAAGAUGUGCUGUCCGAGCAACGAAUAACUGCAAAUGGACUACGUUAGCCUCAAUUGGAAAAGACAUCAUUGAAGAUGAAGACGGUAUAGCGAUGCCUCACCAGUGGUUAGAGGGUAAUCUGCCCGUCAGUGCCAAAUGCGCAGUCUGCGACAAGACUUGUGGCAGUGUCUUACGCCUGCAAGAUUGGAAGUGCCUUUGGUGUAAAGCUAUGGUUCACACUGCCUGUAAAGAUCUGUAUCCUCGUAAAUGUCCACUUGGCCAAUGUAAGGUAUCGAUCAUACCUCCAACAGCACUAAACAGUAUAGACUCUGAUGGUUUCUGGAAAGCCACAUGCCCGCCAUCCUGUGCCAGUCCUCUUUUAGUUUUUGUUAACUCAAAGAGUGGAGACAAUCAGGGAGUAAAGUUUCUUCGUCGAUUCAAACAGUCAUUAAAUCCAGCUCAGGUGUUCGAUUUAAUGAAUGGAGGACCUCACUUAGGUUUGCGGUUAUUUCAGAAGUUUGACAACUUCAGGAUUCUUGUGUGUGGCGGCGAUGGAAGCGUGGGUUGGGUCUUAUCAGAAAUUGAUAAGCUCAGCCUGCACAAACAGUGUCAGUUAGGAGUGUUACCCCUUGGUACUGGAAAUGACCUCGCUCGUGUCCUUGGUUGGGGAGGAUCCUGUGAUGAUGAUACGCAACUUCCUCAGAUCUUGGAGAAACUAGAACGAGCCAGCACGAAAAUGUUAGACAGGUGGAGUAUAAUGUCAUAUGAACUGAAAUUACCAGCAAAGCCUUCUAUUCUUCCCGUGACUGCAGAAGAGUCGGAGGAAUGUCAGAUAUCUGCUUACGAGGACUCAGUUGCUGCUCAUCUUGCAAAAAUUCUCAAUUCUGAUCAGCACUCAGUUGUCAUAUCAUCUGCCAAAAUAUUAUGUGAAACUGUAAAGGACUUCGUUGCCAAAAUAGGGAAGACUUAUGAAAAACCGAUGGAAAAUGCAGAGGAAGCUGAUGCCAUGGCCAUUAAAUGCACCGAGUUAAAUGAGAAGCUAGACCUAUUGCUCCAGGCUCUUCACACAGAGGCCCAGGCUGCUCCCAUUCUCCCAGGCAUCACUCCCCCCAUCGUGGAAGAAGAAGCAGAGGAGUUUUCAAGUGAAGAAUCCUUGUCUGAAAGUAAAGAGCAAUUAGCGGAGUGUGUCUCAAAGUCUUCCACCCAGAAGCUCUUCAAACCGAGGGAACAGUUAAUGCUGAGGGCGAACAGCUUGAAGAAGGCUGUGAGGCAGAUCAUUGAACAAGCAGAAAAAGUUGUGGAUGAGCAGAAUGCUCAUAGUGAAGAACAAGUGAAUCAGUCCCCACUAGAAUAUAGCAAGGAAUUGGAUGAAUCCAAAGAGGAGGAAAAAGACGAAGAUACAAAGGAACUUGAAUCCCCAUCAAUUAAAACUGCACCAAGAUCUCCAGAUCGACGUACAAGCCGAGGUAUCCAUUCUCAGACAGGCUCUUUCUCUGCUCCAGCUUUGGCUGCAAGCAAGGAAAACCUCCCAGUGCUUAACACUAGGAUUAUCUGCCCAGGUUUGAGGGCUGGUCUAGCUGCUUCUAUUGCAGGAAGUUCAAUUAUUAGCAAAAUGUUGCUAGCAAAUAUCGAUCCAUUUGGUGCUACGCCGUUUAUUGACCCAGAUCCAGAUUCACUAGAGGGUUAUUCAGAAAAAUGUGUCAUGAACAACUACUUUGGAAUUGGGUUAGAUGCAAAAAUUUCACUAGAAUUUAAUAACAAGCGAGAAGAGCACCCUGAAAAGUGCAGAAGUCGGACGAAAAACAUGAUGUGGUAUGGAGUUCUUGGCACAAAAGAGCUGCUGCAGAGAACUUACAAGAACUUAGAACAAAAAGUUCAACUUGAGUGUGACGGACAGUACAUCCCCCUUCCGAGUCUGCAGGGCAUAGCUGUGCUAAACAUUCCCAGCUAUGCUGGUGGGACUAAUUUCUGGGGUGGAACCAAAGAAGAUGAUAUAUUUGGUGCUCCAUCGUUUGAUGAUAAAAUCUUAGAAGUUGUUGCGGUGUUUGGGAGCAUGCAGAUGGCAGUUUCAAGAGUCAUCAAACUGCAGCACCACAGGAUAGCUCAGUGUCGGUCAGUAAAGAUCACCAUACUUGGUGAUGAAGGGGUUCCAGUGCAAGUCGAUGGAGAGGCAUGGAUCCAGCCCCCGGGAGUUAUUAAGAUCAUACAUAAAAACAGAGCUCAGAUGCUAACACGAGACAGAGCCUUUGAAAGCACCCUGAAGUCUUGGGAGGACAAACAGAAGUAUGAUUCCUGUAAACCUGUCAUUCGGUCUCCCUUGUACCCUCAGCAGGCUGUUGAGUUGGCUACAGAAGAAGAAGUUGCACAGAUCCAGCUGUGCUCACAAGCUGCAGAAGAACUUAUUACCAGGAUCUGUGAAGCAGCAAAAAUACAUGGCCUCUUAGAGCAGGAGCUUGCUCAUGCUGUUAAUGCAUGUUCACAUGCAUUAAAUAAAGCCAACCCAAGGUUUCCUGAGAGCCUUACCAGAAACACUGCCAUGGAGAUAGCUGUCAACGUGAAGGCCCUACAUAAUGAAACUGAAUCUCUGCUAGUAGGAAGAGUUCCUUUGCAGUUAGAAGCUCCCCAUGAAGAGCUGUUGUCUGAUGCUUUGCACAGUGUGGAAAUAGAGUUGAGAAAACUUGCCGAGAUACCUUGGCUUUAUUAUGUUUUUCAACCAAAUGAUGACGAGGAUCCCCCUCUGGAUUAUGCUAAAAGAAACAACAGAAGUACAGUGUUUCGCAUAGUGCCAAAGUUUAAAAAAGAAAAAGUUCAGAAGCAUAAGACCAGCCCUCAGCCUGUUCAAAAAUGGGGCACAGAUGAAGUUGCUGCUUGGCUGGAUCUGCUCAGUUUGGGAGAGUACAAAGAAAUCUUCAUCAGCCAUGACAUCCGAGGCUCUGAGCUUUUACAUCUGGAAAGGCGAGAUCUUAAGGACCUGGGGAUAACGAAAGUGGGUCAUAUGAAGCGAAUUCUCCAGGGAAUUAAAGAGCUCGGCAAGAACACCCCUUUGUCUGAAGUGUAAUUAUGCUGGCGCUCUCCCUAGAGAGAGAAGGGAAAGUUGCCGGAGAAGCAAAGCUGUUGCAGGCACUUCGCUGUCUUUGUAGUUUACUCUAUGGAAGAACAAGCGCCGGUGUUUGUACAGGCUCGUAUCUCUGAAUUCUUGUACGGUGAAGAGCUUGCUGCAAGAGUACAAAAGGAUUUGUGCCAAAAAAGAAAAAAGGAAAAAAAAAAAAACAAAACAAAAAACCCCCCGACACAAAAAAAGGAAAAAGUGAUGUGUUCUGCGAAGACGUUUUCUUGGUGUGCAAACUUGGCCAGUUCGGAUAAGCACAUUGUGGUAAAUCAGUCGGUUUAUGGGGAACUGCACUGACUGGAAAAUAUUAUCAAGAAACGAUCGCUUUGCUUUUGUGCAGCUCAGUAUGCCUCUCUUUGUGCUGCAGCAAGAUACCACUGUACAGCAUGAGGUUGUCCGGUUAUCCUUCCGAGGCCGAGCUCCCUAAAACCUCCCGUGUGGGAGACGGAGAGGUUUUUUUUGGAGGUUCGACGCGCGAGGCCGGCAGUGCCGCGGGUACCCAGCGCUCCCUGGCCGCGCGGAAGCGGGGAGAGAUAAGAUACCUUGUGAUACCAUGAAUGCAAACGAUAAUGCAUGGUGUGCCUGCCUGAAUCGUCUGUUGUUCUGUUGCAUGACACAUCUGAUACUUUAAACACUUGAACAACUUUUAUAUCGGUUUGAAUGAGGUUUAAUUUAUUACUACUUGAGUGUCUUUCCCUCCCCCCACCCUUCCCCCCAGUUUCAGGCACUUUUCUAUUCUUCAGUGUUGUGUUAUGCCUAAAACGUGUUCUACGGCAAAGGAUGUGUGGGUGUGGAAACUUAGCAUUUGUGCCAUAUUCAGCAGAUUAUAUGCAUUAUAUAUGAUGGAAACACUGUACAGUUAGAUUUUUUUUAAAUAUACCAUGUACAGAAGGUGUAUCAGGUAACUAACUUAUGAGUAUUUUUGAAAGACCGGUACCUCACAAAAAUAUCAGUUGGCUUCCUGCAUGGAAAAUGAUAACGAGUUUUCUCAUGGUGCAUUUUAAUGUAGUUAUCCAGUUAUCUUAAACAUCUGUAGCAUAUUUGAACUUUUAGGCACUAAUGGUUUUAUUUAUUCUAUUGUUCAAAAAGCAGGUGGAAAGAUUAAUGAAAAUUUUUUACAGGAAAAUUCAUUUUAUUUAUCAUGCGUAAGAAGAGUUUUGAAAUGUAGCAGCUGAUUUGAUUUUUGUGGGGUAAGCUUUUACUCAUUACUAAUUUACUGUUAAUUUAAAAAUGUCUCUGUAUGCAUAUCUCUACAAAGACAUCAGUCUGUUUCUUGUCAGCACUCCUACAUUGCUAGCUCAGAAAAAUCUAAAAAACCCAAACUCUAGGGUUUUACACUAUGCAUGCAAAAAUGAAUCACGUGCAAGAUAGUAAUCCAGGAGUGUGAACAGGUUAAAAAAUGAAAACCAUUUUGUUUAGAAAUUGUGUUAGGCCAGAGUUUAUAAGGUUAUUUACAGUUUACUUAAGCGAAACAUAGCUUCAUAAGGGAAUUUCCUGGUUAAUUUUUCACAAAAAUGUUAAGCUAGUAGAAAAAUAAUUUGCAUGCAUCUACAAAAAAACCUACUGAAAUGUUAGAGAUGUGAUGAUAUUGCACCACCUGCCAGAACACUUGCACGGAAUCGCGGUCUCCUUGCUGUUCCUAACAACAUGCCAUUGAGGCAUGAGGAACACUUGACUUUUACUUACUCGAGUAGCGUUGACAUGUCUUACAAGUUAAAGAGUAUCUUCAUAUCUAUUUAAGUUUUCCUCGUAGGCAGCAGAGUAAGGUUUCUUUUGUUUUUUUCCAAGGCUUAUUUUCCCCGUUUAAAGGGGCUGACGUCAAGUACUGCAUCCUGGUUUUGCCCUCUGUUUCUCAUGAGUAUGAUGGGAGUCGUCCCUUGGAAGAUAGAUGGAAAUCAUCUCUUGGAAAGUAAAAUCUAUUCCCCUCAUUGUUUUAUUGCAAAAAAAAAAUUAAAAAUUUCAAGAGGAGCAAAACCAGUUUCAUUUAUAUCCAAUGAUAGUACUAUGUUCUCUUGCUGCUGUAGGUUCAACGGGCACCACUCUGGGAGCUCUGUGGACAUAAUUGAUUGUUCUGGUAAACAAACAAAAGUAAAAGGCUACGUUCCAUUAGGUUUUCCAUAAAAAACAAACCAAAAUCCCUUUGCCGAGUGACACGAUUUUCAUGCUGUUGUACGAAAAGCAUACGCAAACAAUGGGAAGUUAGGCAAACAAUGGAAAGAUUAUAUAUAUUUUUUUAAUAUGCUUGACAUUCGCCCCUUUAAUGAUGUUCAGAUGGCAUCUGUGAAGUCUUUGCAAGUUGUAUUUCCUCUUCUUUUUGUUUCUCCGUUAAGCUACGCUAUAUUUUAACGUGUGGCAGCAUUCUAAUAUAUCGAUGUUACGGUAGACUACGUAGUUAAAUCUUCCUGGUCGAUUCAAGGACAUAAUACAGGGAAGAACUUUCUUUUCUGACUUUAGCAGACACUCUCUUUACAACUUUCAGCCUUGCUAUAUGCAAUGCGUUAAGAUGGGCUGUGGAAGAGGAUCUCUCCAGGUUGCUGUAGAGGUCUACGCUGAGUAUGUUAAAAAACGGGAGCUGCUUUUAGGCAGGGAAAAGGUCCAAGUGGUGUUCAUAACGCAGCGUUCUUACGACACUCCUCAAAUUACCUCAGUAUAGGACAACUGAUCAAUUGUCUUUGUACAGUUUGAUUUUUUUUAAAUGACCACCAAAGAAUUUAACUUUGAUUGUCCUAAGCAGAAGGGUUUUUUUUAAAUGUGCGAGUAGGAAAAAAAAAAUAAAUUGUAAGCAUCAUCUAUGCUGUAUUUACUGGAUGCCCAGGAGAGGAAAUUUUAUGCAACUCUAUGCCUUAGACUAGUGUUGGCUAUCAAAUCCAAAUGCGGCUGACAGGGAGGCUCAAAAUAUUUUACAGGGUUUCUCUGCCGAGCUCAUGGGUUGUAACUGUGUUUAGAGAUGUGGCUUUUCUAAAGAGAGACUUUUGAACACAGUGUUACUAUCUCACGAUUAUUGUAAUUUCAAACUAUUGGGUUGGCUGGGGUUUUUUUCCCCUUUACUACUGUACAAGUCCCAGGUCCUGGAACUAAGGACAUGCAUAGUUACCUUUUAAAUGAACUGAAUUCUUUACGACUUAAUACUGAUGUUUAAAGUUCUUCAAAGCAUACAUCCCAAUAUUUCAUCAAAAAUAAGGUAAACACGUCCCCUAAAAGUAAUUAGUUUUUUAGAAAACACAUUAUCCCAAUAGAUCUUGUGAAGUCCAAUACAACGUGCCAGAUUCAUCGAGACAAAAAUCACUGUACAAACUUUACUGGAUGGAUUUUUUUCCUCCCCUAGUCAAAUACGCUUAAUUUCUGCAGUCAGUCAGCGUACCUGGAAAUCUGAAAAGAAUCCAGCGCAAUCAUCAUUUUUUGUGAAGUGGUUGGCAUUCGUAUAGGUGAAAUGUCCGACCCUUCAGAAAGAGGAAGGGGGAGAAAUGCACGUUUGAAAAUGGCAGCAGACUGCUAAGCGCACGUUUCUGUUUUGCCAUUUUCGAACGGGAUUUUUCCAGUUUACUGUAUUCAGUUCGGGUCAUGCAAAUAUUGCCUUUAUAAUGCCUAAUGCCUUCUUCUUAGAAAGUGAACGAAAUCAGGCAAACUCAUGGUUGCAGGUGUUGGGUUUUGUGGUUUUUUUACAAUACCUUAAAGAAAAAAUACUUGUUCAAAAAUGAAAAUUUUUAUAUGAUGGCAAUUGCAAAAUUUCUUUAUGAUACGUUUUUAUCUAUUUCCCCUUUACCGCUAUUUUUGUCCUGAACAUCUCAUUCUUUCAAGGAAAAAUAUUUCAAACGUAUGGAAGAAUAGUAAAAUAUAAAGGAUGUGAUCAGAACUCGUCCCAGACUAUUUCAAUCCAGUGUUUCUUACUUUGAGACUGGACUAAAUAUGCUUGGGCCUGUGAAUAAUAAAUAGAAAUCAUCUUUCUCUCUCCAUCCCUGCCCACAGAAAUUCAGACUGCAAUGUUGAAUAACCGUAAUUCAAACAAGAGGAAUUGAUUUUUUAAUUAUUUUUUUUUUAAUAAUUGCCCAUUUCAUUUUUUUCCUAUGCUUUUUGUAGAAAAAUAGAUAACCUGCCAAAUUUGACUUUUUGAUUGAACUCAGCGAUGCUAAUUCACUUAAUGAAAAUGUCAUGAUGCCUUGAUAAUGAACAGAUCUUAUUGGAAGGGUAAAAUGUGUUUUUCAAUCCAUCUAGUCUUCCCUUCUGGAAGACUGGCAGGAGACCUUUUUGACAUGUAAUGGAAAAUUAAUAUAUAAAGCAAAUACGAGAGGACGUUCCAUAGUGCUACUUUAAAAAUAAAUAUAAAACUACGUACUAUAGAUAGAUAAUACUGCAACGGACAUGUGAGAGAAAAACCGUGAGUGAUUCCAUUUUCCUCGAUGCUUCCUAUUAAUUAUUGCGUUACUAAUGUUUACUGCUGUUUCCCCGUUGCUCUCUCUGUGCCCCUAAGUAUUAAGUUCUUGGAUGUAAGUUUGACAGCUCUGGUAAUUAAUAAUUGGGAGUGCAAAAGGUCUUUGCAGAAGCGAUGUGUAUUGUGGAGGAUAUAUGAUAAUGUUGAGGAUAACCAAGCUGGAGCAAUGUAUUUAGCGUACGGCCAGGAAAUCAUCUUGUCAUGCGCGUACGUGAGAGCCACGGAAAAUUUUAUGAUUAAUUACAAAUUUAUUUUUUUUCACCCCAAUAACAUAAGUACCUCUCAACUACAGUGUCCUGAGUGUUACAUUUAUGCCACAGGCUCUUCCGUUUUUUUAAUUCUGUUUUCAUAGAUUGUAUGGUUUUGUGGUAUGAUUUUUGUAUCGUCAAGGUUUGAUGCUGCUUAUUCUAACUGCGAAGAUUUAAUGUUUGCAGGAACUGUACAUGACUGUAAUUGCUGUCUUAAGUAAAAGGAGGAAUUUUUUUGGUGACUUGAGGAAGUCGAGGAGUUUGGACAGGACUUAGAAUAUCUCUGCUGCCUCUUCAGAGACAAAUGGCAGCGUCAGCAGGAUUCAUAAAGCAUCAUUUGGUAAUUACCAAUAGAAAAUCUUUACUGGUUGUAUAAAUUCCUGUAUUUAUAUAUAGAAUAUAGCAUGGAGCUCGAUCUUUUUUACAAAAAGAAAAAAAUUUUCUAGUUCUUUUCUACUACUGUUGCAUUAGGUUUAAUAGCUCUGUUAAUGGUUAGCUUAUGUACUUGAAAUGCUCGUUUCUGCCAUACAGUAGCCCAGUCUGUUUCUCGGAAAUCGUAUUCCAUUUGGAAGCCAUCUGGAGCCUUCCAGGAGACUAUUCCUGUAGCCAGUUGGAGCUAAAACCAAAACUCAUAGCAACUUCCGUAGGCUUAAUAGUGAUUGCCUUCAAUAUUUUAGCUGAAAAAAAAAGUUUCUGAAAGUUGGGUUUUUUUCAGCCUGUAGAAUUAAACUUAAAACAUCAUCAUUCCCUCAUCAACUGUAAAAAAUAAAAUACUAGUACUGUUCACACUUUGGCAAACUAGCAAAAUGCUGGCAAUAACAGACCUGGGAGCGUUCCUGGACAAACUGUAAUGAAUUCAACUGCAGUGGUUAAAAGACCUACCGCCUUCAAAGCAGUCCACAGAAAAUUCAUAUAUUUACAUGGUAAAUGUAAAUUUAAAUGUAAAUUCAUAUAGUUACUAUUUUAAAUAAUUGGAGACUUCGUCUCCCAGUUGACGGAAACACUUUUUAUAUAAGCUCUUGGAUGGGAUUUUGAGUUCAUAUAACCUAUUGCUUCUAUGAGUGAGGGCAGAAGAAGCUGGUGCAUAAUUUAUGUUUAACACAAGUUAUGUCUCCACUAAUGUUCCCACAUUGCUUCCCAGCUCCUGUGUCUGGAUGACUUCCCAGCUGCUUGGCAAGGUGCUUGGCACGUCCCCCCUAUUUCUAUUCAGAAGAGCUGGACAGGCGGGCUAGGAAAAAGCUGUAGGACGCUCCAGGAGACCUAGAUUGACCAGGGCUUCAGGUUCCAAAGUCUAGCGUAGCCACGGUGGAGUAAAAUCCUUUUAAGUUAUACUUUUCAAUGCCCACUGAAAGCUGUAUUUAGCUCGCCGUGCCACUAACAAUUGGCACUAGCCCUUUGAAAGAGAGGUGUUUCGGCUAAGCCCAGCAGCUGGGUAAGGCUUUUGAAAAUACUAGAAAUGAUGGUAGCUAUUAGUAGGACAAGUAUGCAAGUGACUAAUCCGUAUUUUAUUCUGUGGAACAAACGCUUUGGAAAAAUGUAUUUGUAGUACGAUUGAAAGAUUAGUGAUGGGAUUGAAAAGAUAACGGAAGGUAAAAGCAAUAUGGUACAAAGUUUAAAGUAAUUUGAGUUUAUUAUUUUUUUUCAAAUGCAUUGGAAACAAUUCUUUUAGGAAGCUGGUUUUGAUCCAGGUGUAGCUACGUUAUACUAGAGCAUGUGAACUAGAAGAUGAAGCCAGGAAGAAAUGAACUGGGAGUAAAAUUGAGUAGGUUUUUUUUCUUGAUGGAAGCGGUGUGAAAAGCCAAAAAUAAAAUCCCCGCAGUGCCCCAAACUCCUGCUAUGAACAUAUAUAAAGGGAGCUUGCAUUUUAAGUUCUACUUUUAUUAAGCUAAAGUAUUAAUUGGACAGAGAACUUCUUAGUUGAAUUAAUUACCUGACAAUAUCACUACCAGGGAAAGCGUUACAGGUAUGACUCUGCUUUUCUCCCCGCGUUAGUUGUGGUGGGCUCUGUUUGGGACUCGUUCUCUUUGCGGUUACCGUCAAUGAUUACAUGAAUGGGGAGGUUGAGGAAAGCCGCGUGAAGCUGCUCGGUCUUGCUUUUCAGGAAGGGAGAGCGUGUGUGCGGAUAAGGAGGGCCUGGGGACUCUUACUGAGAAUUUUAAGAACAUAAGAUUUUUCUACUGGGACGCUUUGUGAAGGUUUACAACAAUCACACAGGCAUGUGGAUACUCACCGCAAAGGUUUCUGUCUCUAUAUACUGAAAUAGGCAUUUGGACUGUACGGCUUAGCCAGAUUUUGGAGGAUUUUCUACAGGCAUCUGUCGCUUGUGGUGUCCGUACUUUCCGUCUUGGAUUUCCGUCUCUUUAAAACAUGCACUUUCAACAAGGCAGUUGUCCAUAUAUGACAAAAGUUACCAUUUUUCCCCUUAAAGAGCACAGAUUGUGAAUCUAUCCUGAAAUAAUUUGUUUCAUUAUGCACUCUCUCACAUCAUGUCUUUUGAAUCCUAAAAUAGCUGAAACGUGGGCCUCUCUAGAGCUGCCAGUUACCUCGUAAUUUAGUUUGCUGAAGCUUGUACGUUGAAGGGAUCAUCAAAGGGCAAGAUAAUAUUCACAGCAGCAGAUGAGAUGUGCAAAAGAUAAGAGUACAAGCCAUUGAGUAGCUUCUGAGAGGUGAAGAGGGCCUGAUCUCUGCACCAGAGAUCUCGUCCUUCUUUGUCACCGUCAUCACACGCAAAUCAUUUAAUCAUAGAAUCAUAGCCUGGUUCGGGUUGGAAGGGACCUUAAAGAUCACCUAGUUCCAACCCCCCUGCCAUGGGCAGGGACACCUCCCACUAGACCAGGCUGCUCAAAGCCUCAUCCAGCCUGGCCUGGAACACCUCCGGGGACGGAGCAUCCACAACUUCCUGGGCAACCUCUAAUGACCUCUAAUACUAAUUAAUGACCUCUAAUACUAGCAGCUUCCUGUCUUAAUUCACGGUGACAGCAAACAUAUCAGUUAGUACUAACAAAACUUCUCACUGUCACAGCUGUACGCCCAGAGCAGGUAUCUUUAAAUGUUGAGCACCGUGGAAUCGCAUGAAUGUAUCUCCAGUGCAUGUUCUGGCAUUUUAAAAAAGCAAAUUUAAUAUAAAGGUAUUUUAAAGGUCCUGAGAGGUUCCCAGCCCAACAUGAGUGAUUUCUCUCAGUAGCCAGGCUCGUCACUUAGAUUAGUAUUCCAGUCAAGUACAGCUGUUAGUUAAUUCUGUAGUAACAUCCGCUCACUUGCAUGAAUGGACGCAUAAAGUGCACAUGGAAGUGUUGCAGAGCUGCGGCACUGUCUGGUUUUCUGCAUAACUCAUAUAUUGGGAUCUGAAUAGCAUUUUGUAGCAAAGAGCUGAAAGACACGAUUUCCACUCAAUUCAAAAACAUACUCAAUAGAAAAUGAAAACAUCCUGUGGCCAGCAGGACUAGGGGAGUGAUCGUCCCCUGGACUCGUCACUGUGAGGCCCCGCCUUGGGUACUGUGUCCAGUUUUGGGCCCCUCACUACAAGAAGGACAUUGAGGUGCUGGAGCGGGUCCAGAGAAGGGCAAUGAAGCUGGUGAGGGGUCUGGGGAACAAGUCUUAUGAGGAGCGGCUGAGGGAGCUGGGGUUGUUCAGCCUGGAGAAAGGGAGGCUGAGGGGAGACCUUAUCGCUCUCUACAACUACCUGAAAGGAGGGUGUAGAGAGGUGGGGGUCGGUCUCUUCUCCCAGGUCACAGGCGACAGGACAAGAGGAAAUGGCCUCAAGUUGCACCAGGGGAGGUUUAGGUCAGGUAUUAAGAAAAAAUUCUACACUGAAAGGGUUGUCAAGCAUUGGAACAGGCUGUGCAGGGAGGUGGUGGAAUCGCCAUCCCUGGAGGUAUUUAAAAGAUGGGUAGAUGUGGCGCUUAGCGACGUAGUUUAGUGACGUUUUUUGUCAGAGUUAGGUUGAUGGUUGGACUCAAUGAUCUGAAAGUUCCCUUCCAGCCUUGGGAAUUCUAUGAUUCUAUGAUUUGUGCUGGUUUAGGUAAAAAUUGCUGCACGCUUGGUAGUUUCUGCCCUUCGUUUCCCCUCUUCGCUCCACAGGAAAAUCCAUUGUCUUUGCAAACAUACGGAUCUGUUGGGACUUAGGCAUGUGCUUAGCUUUAAACAGCACUUUAGUCCCCCUUGGAGAUUGCUCAUGGAUUUCGGUUUUAGCAUUUAUGUGAAAGCCUACAGAGGACUUAGGUAGGUAGAAAUUGCUCCUCACAUAAACGUUAGCAGAUUGAUGAUCAGUAAGGCUUUUAAAUGCCAUACCUAUGAAUGUUGUUCUCUUGCCAGUAUUUGCGUGUGCAUGUGUGUAUAUAUGUAGUAUCUAGUUUGUAGGGCGUAUGUGCGUGCACACCUGUACAUAUAUCUGUAUAUACAUACCCCGUUUUGCCCAAUAUAAUGACGCCAACUUGUGUGUAGAGCCAAAAAAACUUAAAACUGUACAAUGCUUGAGAUGCUGCAUUGUUUUUAUUAUGAUAUUUUUUAUAUCAGAUGAAUUGCAGGAUGUUUACAGAUGCUUAUUAAUAUUUAACUUAUACAAUGGAGUGGCAGGAUGUUUAUGAUUGUUGUCAGCUAAAGAAUUGUAUAUGAUUCUGGGUGAAAUUUUGGCUUUGUUGAAAUCCUUGGCUAACCUCCCAUUGAUCUCACUGGGGCCAAGAUUCAACCCCCCUGAAUCUGUUGUUUACUGGCUAUUUUCCUACUGUGAUAAUUUUUUAAAAAAAAAAUGAGUGAAAUGUAUUUAUUUUUUUCCCAAUGUGAAAUCUGCGGUUGCCAUUUGGAUUUUUUUUUCUACGGGACCUGCGAACUACAACACAAGUGGGAAUACACGCCUCAGAGAAUGUACAGAAUUUUUCAUUGGUCUGGUCCUUGACUAUGUCUAAGAAAAUACCUUCUAAAACAACUUUUGUAAGAUUUAAUACAGAAUCUUCUAAAGACAGAUCACCUUUCGUACCUCUCUCCACAUCGAGGGCGUGCAGCGUGGCAGGUGAAAAUGAAGCGUUAUUUACCGGUGAAUAAAAAGUAGUCCCGUCUUGUUUUGUGUAGCUGCUGCUUUCAUACAGCUCACCUGGCUCUGCAGCUCUGGAAUGAAACACUUGAAGUACCUUAUCCAAAAGUACCUUAUCGAAACAAAAGAAGUUACAUAGCGUAUGGCUUUAAACUUCUCAUCAAGACGUGGAGGUGUAUCUUCAGAGCCAGUCUGUAGAAUGAUUCUUUUACUAUUUCACGGAUGAAUAAAAUUGUGAAAAUAUUAAGUGGUAAGGCGAAUCAGGCAACGGCUUGACAGAGAAAUCCCUUGUUUAGGGACAGAAGGAUCAGUUCUUUGAUAGCACCAGGGAGGAAAAAUACCGUAAUGCGGCGCUUCCUAAAUCCCUUUCCAGGGUAUCUUUUCAUUGCGUAUGCUCUAAGUAUAUUCUUCCUGUAAAAAGACAUAAGGCUGUGAAACAGCUAAAUAGAUGCAUCUUAAUUUCUUCAUCUAAGGCUAAAAAUAUAAUUUUCAAACAAGAGCUGUCAUGCACUUUGAAAUAUAUGUGUCUGGAACAGGUAAGUUUGUAUUCACCGUAGAUAGUCGUCAUGCAGUAGGAUUUGUACAAUAAGGUAGUCAUGCCAAUGUUACCAAAAGCCGAAGAAAAAUAGCAAGCCAGCCGUAUUCCCCCGUGAGGCCCUUUCCAAAGACAUCUGUGCAAAUGCCCACCACUCCCAGGAAUCUUUUCCCAUAAUUUUGUUUAAGAAAGGAUCCUAUCCAGAUUCCUGCUCUUCCCCUUGCUAAUAAGGAAGUACGCACCUUGGUUGAACUUUCCAGGAGUUUGUUGGCUAUAGAAACAGACCUCAAAAGGAUUAACAGUCGAGGCAAUCGGUGGAGGAUACGCAGGGCUCUGCCUGGACUCGAUAGUCUACUAACGUGGAUCUGAUGACAGAUUCUGAGGGGAAAAAUGCUCCUAUUGGGCUGCUGUCAGUGGCAAACUUCCGUGGUUAUCCGUGGGAGCAGGUGGGCACCCAAGCGAGCGGACGAUUUUCCUUUUGGCUGUUCCUUCUCUUUCUGUCCUUAUAGUCAGGUGUGGAGUUCAGGACUCGCCCGUUGUUUGUCUGAAAGGCCAGGAGGAGUGGAGGAGAUGGGAGGAAAGGAGGAGGAAGUGGCGGGAGGUCGGCAUUCGGCCUUUCGUUUCCUGCCGCGGAGCUGGUGCGAGACUGGGGGCGACUGGGUUAACCUUUGUGUGCCUCACUUUCUCCGCUCGCGGGAGUAAGGAUGCUUACCACCUUUGUACAGCCCCCCCCCCCACCCCUAUAGGCGAGCAGUGGUAUAUAAGCGGCUAAGUUUUACUGACACUAUUAUAUGUAGUAUAAAUAAAUGACUUCUGUCCGUAACACUGCAAAAAUUGCUUCUCCUAGUUUCGGUUCUGACUAUUGGGUGACAUCCUGGGUAGUCAGUUUUGAAGCUUGGCGAUCGCUCUAGUACUUAACGAUUUACACACAUCGCGGGCUCUGCGUUUGCUGCAGAAAAGAGUAAAACUUUAAACUGCCUGAAAAAACUUGCCAAUGAAGUAUAUCUAACAGAGCAGGGGUGUAACUUUUGGCUUUAUUUACUUGUAAUAAUGGUAAGGAGCAGUGAAUUUUGUUUGUUUACAUACUGUUUACAAUGGCACAGUUUUAUUUUUAAUAUAUAAAAAACAAUUGAGGUAUUUAUUGCAUAUACUAUUUUAAAGAUGUUUUAUGUGUUUUCACCUUUGGAAUAUAUUGUUACAUUUCCUUGUACAGAUAAUUUGGGUGGCUUUGUUAAUAUAGUUAGUAAUUUUUAUGACUACUAAGUGACCAGUUUUCCGUGCCUUUUUAUUGUCGGAUGCAUGAAUUACAUAUUUAUUAUUGUAUGGAAGUCACUGAGAUGUGUAUUUUUGUAUUCUGCUGGAAGCAACGGUUGAUUUUAUUGUACAUGAUAAGAGAUGCCUUCCAUAACGGGCACUCGUAUGAGAUCUUCCUUCUCAAAUAAACAGAAUGCAUUCAAUGUAUGUAAGUCCUUGAUUUUUUUUCGGUGCCUGGAAAUCGGUGGAAAUCCUUGAACAUCGUGACACUGAGUUUUAGAUGUUACCCACCUCAAGCGUGGGCUGCUAUCGGUGUCGUCAAAUCCAAAACAAAAUUCCCCGUGGAAAUCAAGACGAUGGCAAGCCCUUGGCGCCCAGUGUAAGCCGUUGUAAUUUCAAAGAAAACUCUGUAUGCUACAACUAAA